AUGUAUAGUACUUUUUUAUUUUGUUUAAACAUGGACAAGUUCAAAUAUAUUCAAAUUGUUUUAUUCGGCUUCUUGAUACUAAAAGAAUCAAGCACAAACCCUUUACCAAAUGAAAACAAAUGUUCACCACCUUCACAGGCGCAAUACGAACAAUUCCCUUACAUAGUGUUUCUUAGAAUGCAUUCAAACGGAGAAAUAUUAUGUAAAGGCACAUUGAUCGAUGUGAAUUGGAUUCUAACCUCGUCGAAUUGCAUUAAUACUACAGACAAAAUUCCCCUGAACGGUAUUGAUAUUGCGAUGCCAAAUAAUAAAACACAUGAGACCAUUUUGAAGCCCAUAAAAGUGAUACAAACAAAAUACAACGAUGUGGCAUUAAUUGAGAUGGAAAAAUCCAUUAUUGCCACUAUUGGAGCACCUAUUGAAUUGGCCACUGAAGAUAAACUUUCGAACAAUACGGAAUGCGUUGUCACCAGUUUUCAAAAACAGUCAAACAAUGAUUUACCACUUAUAUAUUGGAACGUGGUUAAUAUUUCAAAACAACCAUAUAAAAAGGGCGAAUGGUACUUAGAAGAUACGAUUUGCCAUUCUCAAAUAUGGAAUUCAUUACAGAACAUAACCGAUAAUGGAACUCCUUUGGUCUGUAAUAAUCAUCUAUAUGGCAUAUACUCACUCAAUGAACCUAAGAUAUUUAAUAACAUUUUGAAGUACAAAAAUUGGAUCCAAAAUGUAAUCAACCCAAUUACUUCUAAUAAAACAUCAGAAAAACAUACGAACUAUUUUGUAUUCAAUAAUAAUUUGUUGUCUGAUACUAAUUCAAUGGUAACAGAUGGAGACACAACAGAAACCGAUAUGAGUGAAGAGCCUUUAACAGUAACAGAAGAAAGCAGUAGUACCAUAGUGUACGUAGAAGAUUAUUCCGGAAGUACAGAACGCACUGAAGAUAACGAAAACAGACCGUCUGUUGAUCCAUCUUCAGAAGCUACAGAAGAAACACCAACUUAUUUUACAACAGAGUCAGAUGAUCCUACUUCUUCAACACAAUCAUAUUCGUCUACUACUUUUAUUAAAUCAUUAACCACGGAAAAAUCUGCUUCAAGCCCGAGUUCUCCAACCACUUUAACUGGAGAAACAGAAUUCACCGAGGAAACCGAAGAAACUUCAGAUAAACCCAGCUCUGAACCUCCUAUUCCUCAAUCUACAACCACAGAGCAAUUUACUACAAGUUCGAAUCCUUCGACGACAUUAACUGGAGAAACAGAAAAAACCAAAGAAACGGAAUAUACCGAAGAAACUGAAUCUACUGAAGAAACAGCAUACACCGAAGAAACGGAAUAUACCGAAGAAACAGAAUAUACUGAAGAAACUGAAUCUACAGAGGAAACGGCAUACACUGAAGAAACGGAAUAUACCGAAGAAACUGAAGAAACCUCAGACAAACCUAGUUCUGAACCUCCUAUUACUCAAUAUUCAACUACAGAGAAAUUUACCACGAGUUCUAAUCCUUCGACGACUGUAACUGGAGAAACUGAAUAUACCGAAGAAACGGAAUCUACUGAAGAAACGGCAUAUACUGAAGAAACGGAAUCUACUGAAGUAACGGCAUAUACAGAAGAAACGGAAUAUACCGAAGAAACUGAAUAUACCGAAGAAACUGAAUAUACCGAAGAAACGGAAUAUACCGAAGAAACUGAAUAUACUGAAGAUACGGGAUAUACUGAAGAAGCAGAUUACUCCGAAGAUAUCGAACCUGUUACUCAAUCUUCAACCACAAAAGUAUCAACGUUAUCCCCGAAACCAUCAACGGCUAUAACUGAAAGAACAAAAGUCACGGAAGACGAACCCUAUUCGGAGUUGCCUACUCAAUAUUCUACAGAGGAUAUAACUAAAAAACCAACAGAAUCGGCCGAUACAGAGGAACCCACAUUUUCAGAGAAACCCACUACCAUAGAUACUGAUAAAUCUGAACCAACGUCAAAAACAGAUACUACAUCAGUGACGUAUCCAACUACAAUACCUUCUACUGCUCCUACGAGUCAGUCAUCCGUAGAACCGAAAACAACUAUAUCCGAUUAUGGAUCAGAUACAACGACGACCGCGAUGGACACCACGUUUACUACAACUGAGAUAAGCACAGAAGUAACAUAUGAAAUUUUUGACCCCAAAGAAACUACAACAUUUGUGGAUGAACAAUAUGAAGAUAAAUCGAGUUCCCAAAUAAUAUCUAUUCAUACAGGUUUAAUAACAGUUGUAUUUUGUAUCGUAUAUCAUAUUAAUUUGUAA